UCUGCUUCGCCACGACCAGAGAGGAGGGAACCAAAGGACUCAGCUCCAAUAAAGACGACUAAACCGUUUAGACUGCAGAUAUUUUGGAUUCUGCUUUAUUUAACAGAAAGAUGACCAAUCUGUCACAGAGAGCUCUUUUGGUCUUCUUUGCAGCGCAGGUGUUUACAAUAGUCUGCUCCCAGGUGUGCCCUCGGAGAUGCCAGUGCCCUAAGGAGCCCCCCAUGUGUCUCCCAGGGGUGCCUUUGAUCCUGGAUGACUGCGUCUGCUGCCUGGUGUGUGCCCGUCAGAAAGGGCAGGUCUGCUCUGAAAUGAACCCCUGCGACACACGGAAGGGGCUGCAGUGUGAAUACACCGCCGAGGUCCACAGGAGGACCGGUAUCUGUGCCGCUCAUGAAGGCGAUGUGUGUGUUCUGGACGGUUCCGUCUAUCAGAAUGGCCAGACCUUCUUCCCCAGCUGUAAGUACCAGUGUAUGUGCCGCGAUGGGCAGAUCGCCUGUGUGCCGCGCUGCAACGUGGACGUGAUGCUGCCUGGACCGGACUGCCCCAUGCCACGCAGGGUCCAGGUGCCUGGAGAGUGCUGUAAGAAGUGGGUGUGUGAGCCCCAGGUGGGGGCCAGUGCACUGGGCGGCUUUGCCAUGGCGGCCUAUCGUCAGGAGGAAACAGUUCGCUUCGACGGUUGGGACCCCAGCCUUAACUGCAUCGAGCAGACCACAGAGUGGGGCGCCUGCUCUCAAACCUGCGACAUGGGAGUGUCCACCCGGGUCAGCAAUAAGAACCGUCGGUGCGAGAUGGUGAAGCAGAGCCGACUGUGUAUGAUCAGGCCCUGUGACAACCAGCAGGAACAGACACAGCUCACGCAACUUACACUAAAGACAGGCAGUAGGUGUCAGAGGAUGGUGAGGAGCGAUGCAGCCGUCCACCUCUCCUAUAAGAACUGCACCAGCGUCCAGGUCUACAAGCCUCGCUACUGUGGCUCGUGCACAAACGGCCGCUGCUGUACCCCUCACAGAACCAGGACCGCCCUGGUGGAGUUCCAGUGUGCCAAAGGUAAAACAACCAGGAGGCCGGUGAUGGUGAUCCUGACUUGUGUCUGUCACAGCCACUGCCCCCGUGACAACGCUGUGUGGCAGCCAUCGGAAAUGGGAUACAGCGGAUAUAGGUCAUAUAAUCACUCUUAAAAAGGAGAAUAGCUUUCUAUUCAUUUCAAAACACGAGUUGCAUUAACUCUAAAUGUUGGAUUAAAACGUAUGUGAUAUAUCAACAGUGAAAAUAAGAUUAGAUCUGCUAAUUCUGGUCAGAAUAAUACUCGUAUUCAUAAGAUUCUGUGGACAAAUAAGUGUCAUCUUCUACUGUUGUAGUAGAAUCAAAGCACCAACUCUCCUGUUAUGUUCGUUUCUUACAUGAUGUUCCCGGGUCAAUUUGACCCGGUUAAUGUUGAAUCAUCCAAAAGUUGUCAUAAACCAAAAAAUCCUAAUAACUAUAGUUUCUAUCUAGAUAGAUAGAUAGCUAGAUAGAUAGAUAUAUACUUUAUUAAUCCCCAAGGGGAAAUUUGUCUCAUUACCAAUGUCAUUAAUAACAAUUCAAUCAGUUUUUAGUGGAAUGGAGUUAUUCACCCCUCCAUAGAUCAGAGUUCAAUCAGGACAAUCUACAUACAAAUUGCAUUCGUCUACCACAACAUGUAUUUCCUCCAAAAUUUAAUUUGCAUUUUGUAAAAAAAUAAAUUAUGCGGUGAUGUAGAUAAAUAGAAAUGAGACACCUGUGCUGUUCAGGGUCAUAUUGACCCACUCACUCAAAAUCAAGCCAAAUGAGUCAUACAUUAUUUGUAUUGAAAGUAAACUUUAGUUAUGUUUAUAUAGAAUGUUAAGAUACAUCAAUUAUAUUAUAAAAGAUGACCAAAGGUUAGCGUCCUCUUGGUGCAGUCUGAGAUUGGGAUGAAGUAGGGUGUGUUCCACUUUCAGUCAGUCUAUUAGAAAUCCUAUGGUACCAUAUUUAUAAGGAGAGACAUGAAAUAAACCCUUACAUUAGUGUCCCAUGUACAAUAAAGGUGUAUUUAGGGGGAAAGUGUGUGUCUGUGGGGGGGGAGGGGGUAUUGAAACAUGGUGGGAGGGAGUAAGAAAGACUGUCCCACAUUUACAAGGAAUGAAAUGGUCUAAUCUUGACACUUCUGACCACUUUUAGCCUCCACUUUCACUGACGGGUCAAUUUGACCCGGACAUCAUUUCUAUAAUAUAAACCUGCAGGGGGGGGGUUGCAAAUACAUGAUUUUAUUUAUUUGAUUUUUUUUACAUUGAUUACACUAAAUAAGGCAAGCAGAAGAAGUUUUAUACAGAAAAAGUUCAUACAAAUAUUGUUCCUAGAUUUUUCUUAUUUGAAACGGGUCAAUUUGACCCGCAACAUAACAGGAGGGUUCAACCGUGUGACAUAUCAGGUGGAGUAUACCUCAGACUUCAGUUCGAUGGAUGUCUGUAUAGGUGCUCUUACAUUGUUAUGGUUAACUUAAAACAACUUAUUCUUAAGAGGUCAAAUAUGAAGGUUUAAAGGUCCAGGGUAAUGGUGACAUACAGGAGUGGUUGCUUCGGACCAGAUGUUUGAUUGACAGUCGGGUUGGCUGGUCAGGAAAAUAUUAUAGUUUUUUUCGAUGGAGAGCAUGAAACCACAAUGUGUUUUGUUCAGCCUAUAUCAUGAGGAGGAAAGCUCGGUAAAGCUCCUGUUUCAGAAUAAAUUAAAACGCCUGCACUUUAACACCUAAAACUCUCAUAAUGAUACUCUAAUCCUAUCACUUUCACAUUGAUACAAUACAAAGAAGGAAAUAAGGGACCUUAGGGUGGGCUGUUGCCUUUUAGUGACACUGCUAUGGAAAUCUUUCAACGAUGGGAUGCAUUUUUUAAAUAACUGGACUGUGUGCUCUGACCGGGUCCAAAAAGAGGUCACCGUAGUGACUUAGUGUCAUUUAUAACAUAUGUGUGAAAUCUGACCCCUGUUGUAUAAUGUCGGUUUUCCCUUUUAAUAAAUGAAAUUUCAUUUUUUUGUUUAGGUUUUCAAAUAUUUUCUUUUUGUUAAAAGUAGUGGACAUAAACAACAGCUAUUUUUACAAUGACAAAAGUUGUGUAGAUACUUGCAGUAUAGCUUGUUUGACUAAGUGUGUAUCAAAUACACAGCUUUAUGGAAACAUGAAUUGUAUAUAUUGGUAUGGUAUUUUUUUGUUUCCUUGAAUUAUGCUUGUUGCUGUAUCUGGAACAAAAUAAAUGUGUAUUUUUUGUAUCAAA